AUGCUCGUCGCUUUCUCCUCGCGACCAACAUGGGAAGACGAGAAUUGGGUGGUGAAAACAUCACGCGACGACAUGCUCGAGGACUACAAAGACUGGAUCCCCGCCGUGCGCAAGAUCAUGGAGAACGUCCGGAAGCCCGACAUCUGGGCGCUAUUCAACCACCCUUUUGCAUUAACCUACUAUAGCGCUAAGCCACUCAUCUGCCUGGUGGGCGACGCGGCUCAUGCAUCAACACCGCAUCAGGGCGCCGGCGCGGGUAUGUGUAUCGAAGAUGUGUACGUUCUGAGCGAGCUGUUGUCGCAGUGUUAUGCGAAGACUACCCUGGAGACGGCAUUCCACGCAUACGAUGCUGUAAGAAGGCCGCGCAGUCAGAAGCUGGUCAAAACGAGCAAGGAAGCCGGCAUGCUGUGGGAGUUUGAAGGAGAUGGCGUCGGCGACGAUUUGGAAGCGCUGCGGAUUAAUGCGCAGUCGAGGAUGGCUUGGAUUUGGGAUCACGAGAUAUCAGAUGAUAUGAAGGAAGCAAGGCGCAUGAUGCGAGAGGGCUCGCCAAACACCCCGUAG